CCCAAUGUUGGUGUUCAACUAUCCAUAAACACAAACACAAGCUAUGAGUGGAAACGGUGUCAACUUGCACGAUUUGCGGUUGAAACUUUUCGGCCCAACGCUGGACGAUUCCGUGCUCUACGGAGUGGAUCGCAUGAUUGACUGCUUUCGAAGGUGCAAAGAUACGCCCAGAGUGCCGGUCCGGAGUGCCAGCUUCUACCGGUCCUGUGAAACUUUACCCCCGCUCGAGCCGAACACUCCCUCCCCUUCAACCUUCGAACCACCAGCAGCGAAGCUAUCGCCCGACGAGAUGGAUCUUAUCAUUGACGCAAUUGUUCAGUCUCGCCGGCAGAACGGUCAACGGUAUGCGCGGAAGGUGAACGCAGCACCGGCCCGGAGAGUCAAAUCGUCGGAGCCGCGACUACGCGAAACCCGGUGGGCCCUGGCGCGCAUCAACGAGUUUGACGAUGGUGGCAAAACUUACGAAAUUAUGAAGCCACUAGACGGGAGCAGACUGCCAACGGGGACGUCGGUGUCGAUGGAUACGGAAAUUGUUUUCGCCCUGCUGCAAAACGGCACCACACUCACGUACCGCAUCCAGCCAGGGGAAUCGUUGGACCGAGCACGAUGAAGAAGAGCAGAGAGUCGCUGAUUGCAAGCCAAGCAAUCAAAGUACAAAUUGUGUAGAUACUGCUUCACCGCUUUUUGUGUGUCCCAGACCUCACUGUUUCAACUUCAACUCGGUAGGUUCUUUUUUGUCCUAUGUGAGCGGGUCUGAUCCUUCACGAUCAACCAAACGCCAGCAAAUGGGAUGAAAAUGAUAACAACAUUCAAAACCCAGUCGUGCGCAAUAGACAAGCAGACAGUGAAAUGGGUUGUUGCCGAGGCAUCCUGUCGAUGAUGUUGGUUCCAAAACGUCCAAACUGGAAACUUACUAACUUACUCCUCUCAUCCCUUCCACACACACACACACA